GGUGCCAAUCAGCGCAGUAGGAAGACGGGAGCUAAGUUUGAAUCUUUGGCGGGAGGCUGUCAUGUCCAUACGGAAGAAACUGCGGCUUCUGUUUGAGGAGCCCCAGGUGGGCGGCACAAUCACGGUAGAGCGGGCAGAACCCGGGACGAGGCCCGGUUGCCAAGCUCAGCAAAGCUCAACGAAGCGGGAAAGCCGCGGGGAGCGAGUCCCGGGCGCUCGGGGACUCAGGCUGGAGGACUGCGUGGUCUAUCAAUGUCGACGCUGCCGGGUCGUAUUAGGAGACUCGCUCCACUUGUGCGCGCAGGAGGAGAAACUCCGCCUUUUUGUUUGUUUCAGUGAGUUGAUCGGGUGUUUUGCCACGCAGAAUGAACACACUAAAGUCGAACUCCCAGGAGAGGUCACAAAAGAUGUUAUUGUGGAAGACGACUUGAUGGUCUGUGUUGAAGGAGACCUCAUUGGCUGCACCUACAACACAUUGCGUUGUCAGUCCUGUCAACUAGACAUUGGCUUUAUCCUCUAUAGUUCAAAGUCACUGGCUUACCUGCGAGGCCUCUUUUGCCUUUUUAAGGACAACAUCACAUGUUAUUUGCUACAAACUACUGCUACAGUAGAAGCUUCAAAAGUAACCUGUCCUGUUGUGAGCCUAAAGGAACAUGUAGAGAAAUUAAAAGAGAGUCUUGUACAAGUUCAUACGCGUGUGGAAUUGCUAAUUAAGAAACUAGAAGAAUUCAAUCAACAAAGGAUUACAUACGAGAAGGAGAGCUGUAAAGGAAAACCAUAUGGAUACACAAAUAGAAAGCUGAACAGUUAACUUUUUAGAGUUGCGUACCUCAACUAAUUGUUUUAUAAUAACUUGUGUUUGUAACUGAAUGUAAAUUAAUAUGGCUUUAGACUGGCAAAUUGGUGAUACAAAAUUGUUUCCUUUUCUAGCACAGCUCAAGGGCAUAUAGUGUUUGAGCCUGAAUAGCUAUCCCAAAUCAUUUAACUCCUACAUGCAAAUAUUUCUAUAUACUCUAACAAAAACCUUUAAAUAGUGCAAAACUGCCCUAAGAUUGCAUUGUGAACAUAUUGGAAACUGGAUAGUCUAGCUGAAAGAAAUAAACAUUUACUUUGUACAUUCUUUUAGAGGUUAUCUUGUUUUUUUACAUUUGAGAGAGAUAUGUUCUCAGGACUCAGCUAUAAAUUGUAUUUAGUAACAUUAAAAUUGGUCAAAAAGUGAAACAUUUUAAAUACUAGAGUAACAUUUUACCAGAAACAUUUUAAAUUAUUGCCAAAUUACCAAAAGUAAUGACGUUUGAGGAAAUAACACUUUUUAAUUAUGAGGAAACCAUUAUGAAAUCACUAAUGUGCAUUGUAAUGUGUUUGUUAGGUUUUCCUUUUGUCAGAAGGCUUACAGCCAAAAAACUCAAUUUCCUGGUUAUUGUACUUUCAAGAUUGAAAUAUAGGCAGCAGUGGAUGUAGUAUGUUUUUUUUUCAGCAAGUAUGCAUAGGAUUUAUAUCCAUAAAAUAUUAAAAAAUGUUUUUUUA